GAGAGUGAUAAACGAGAUGCAACGGUUACAAUGAAUCCGAUGCACACACGGCUCGGAACGUUAUCCUCGCCUCGUCCACCAGCCCGUGCUUCCCCGGCGGUGUGACACGUGUCUCCUCCGAAGCUUCGCAAAACGCAAGGAUAAGCUGGAGCUUUUUAGAUAAAUAGUCAUUCAUCUUUGCUGCCAAUAGCUAAAGACAUCCAUCUCAUUCCCAAUUGAGGACCAUUGGUGCAGCGAGAGAGACCCACAGGGGAGAGAGAGAGAGAGAGAGAGAGAGAGAGAGAGAGAGAGAUCAAAGCCUUUGAUCAUGGAUCAUGCGGCCGAUGCUCACCGUACUGAUCUGAUGACCAUCACGAGGUACGUCCUCAACGAGCAAUCUCGCCACCCUGAGUCCCGCGGCGACUUCUCCAUCCUCCUCAGCCACAUCGUCCUCGGUUGCAAGUUUGUUUGCUCCGCUGUUAAUAAGGCUGGGCUCGCGAAGCUCAUAGGGCUUGCAGGGGAGACAAAUAUCCAGGGAGAAGAGCAGAAGAAGCUGGAUGUGCUCUCCAAUGAGGUCUUCGUCAAGGCUUUGGUUAGCAGUGGCCGGACUUGCAUUCUUGUGUCUGAAGAGGAUGAGGAGGCAACUUUUGUGGAUCCAACUCUGCGUGGAAGGUACUGUGUUGUUUUUGAUCCUCUUGAUGGUUCUUCUAACAUCGAUUGUGGUGUUUCCAUUGGAACGAUAUUCGGCAUUUACAUGGCACAAGAUAAAGAUAAGGCAUCUCUUGAUGACGUCCUGCAACCAGGAAAGAACAUGUUAGCAGCUGGAUAUUGCAUGUAUGGGAGUUCCUGUGCGUUUGUAUUGAGUACAGGCAAUGGUGUUAACGGAUUCACUCUCGAUCCGUCUCUUGGGGAGUUCAUACUGACUCACCCAGAUAUCAAAAUACCGAAGAAAGGAAAGAUAUAUUCGGUUAAUGAAGGGAAUGCCAAAAACUGGGAUGGACCUACAGAAAAGUAUGUGGAGAAGUGUAAGUUCCCGAAAGAUGGAUCACCAUCAAAGUCUUUGCGAUAUGUCGGAAGCAUGGUUGCUGAUGUUCAUCGGACUCUGCUCUAUGGAGGCAUAUUUUUGUAUCCCGCAGACAAGAAGAGUCCAAAUGGAAAACUACGUGUUCUGUAUGAAGUGUUUCCAAUGUCAUUCUUAAUGGAACAAGCUGGUGGACAGGCCUUCACAGGCAAGGAAAGGGCUCUGGAUUUGGUACCUUCCAAGAUCCAUGAACGAUCUCCGAUAUUUCUUGGCAGCUACGAUGAUGUUGAAGAAAUCAAAGCACUCUAUGCUGACGAAAUCAAAGCAUGAUCACAUCAAACACCCUCUCAAAUUGCUGGAUUUCUUUUGAAAUGCCAGUUAUUUGUUUGUUUUUUUCCUUUCAUGUAAGCUCUGUAAUGUCUGACUGCAUUCUAUUAAAAUCUGCAGAAACAUUCUCCCCUUAACAAGAUCUGUUUCUUUCUUAA